UUGGAACAAUCUGACCCAUUUAAAGGGCAGGUCUGCAUGAGCAAAUGUGAGACUGCAGAAGACAGAGAAUGACACUGGAAUGAACACAUGAGCAGCACAGAAUAUAUUUUGGAUCAAGAUGAAAAUAAUAACAGUAGUUAUUUUGCUUGUAUUAGAACUAUCAAACUGCUUUGCGCAGACAGGAGGACACUUUUUAAUAUAUAAUGUGGAUUAUAACGCAUGCUUGUCAGCCUUCCUGGAACGACUUGUCACCUGUGACACAAACAGUAACAGACAACAGUUCCGCUGGACUUCAAAGAACGGCAUUUUGAACACUUACACAACGAAAUGCCUUGGAGUAGGAAGUAAAGCAGUGGGCAAAAAAUUGCAGUGGCUGAAAUGUGAAGAGGACAAUGAUUUGCAGCAGUGGGAAUGCCAUGGUGAUAAACUGCUUCGUCUAAAGAAUGAGUCUCUAUACCUUGAUGUAAAUGACAACGGUGUGCCAGUGAUCUCUGCAGACACUGGAACGAAGAGCAAAUGGACAAUUCAUGGAACAGAGAAUAACAUUUGCUCUCAGCCUUAUGAAGAAAUUUACACCGUUGAUGGAAAUGCAUUUGGGCGGCCAUGUCACUUUCCUUUUCUUUAUGAGAAGAAAUGGUAUGCAGACUGUACCAAAGUUGAUGAACAGAAUCAACGUCUGUGGUGUUCCAUUGAGACUGACUACAGUGUUAAUCAGCUGUGGGGCUACUGUCCAACACUUGAAAAUGCAUUGUGGUCCAAACAUCCUCUGACAAAUGUCUAUUACCAAUUGAAUGAUAAGUCCGCCCUGACAUGGUACCAGGCUAGAAAGAGCUGCCAGCAGCAAGGCGCAGAGCUUCUGAGCGUCUCUGAACCUCAUGAACACAGCUUUAUAGCAGGAAUAGUUCAGAAGACACAAGUCUCCCUAUGGACAGGACUAAAUAAAUUAGAUGUGUCCAGUGGAUGGCAGUGGAGCAAUGGACAGCCUUUACGAUAUCUGAAAUGGUCCAGUGGAUUCCCAACCACACAACCAGGCUUCAGUUGUGGUGUCCUAAAAAACAUCAUUGGUUCUGAAUGGUGGAACGCACCUUGUUCGCAAAAGAAUGGGUACAUCUGCCAAAAAGGCCAUUCUGUUCCUACUAUUCCACCAGUGGUGAACACUGGAUUUUGCCAUAGCCCUUGGAUUCCAUAUUCAGGCAACUGUUAUCUGCUUCAUCGCAACAAACGGACAUGGACAGAGGCGCGAGAUUCAUGUCUGCGGGAAGGAGGAGACCUGCUGAGUAUCCUCAACAAAGAAGAGCAAAGCUUUGCCAUCACACAGCUUGGAUACUCGAGGAAAGACGAGCUGUGGAUUGGUUUCAAUGAUCGCAAAACUCAGAUGCUGUUUGAGUGGAGUGACCAGUCUAGCGUCCCGUUUGCCUCAUGGGAGGUGGGGGAGCCGAGUCACAAUGCUGUUCAUGCAGAGGACUGUGUGUUAAUUAGAGGAGAGGAGGGAAAGUGGGCCGAUGAUAUUUGUGAGAACAAGUAUGGAUUCAUCUGUAAGAAGAAGGCCAGCCAUAAAGCCUCGAAUAAUGACACGGUUGUCACAAGCCCAGGAUGCAAAACAGGUUGGACCAGGUAUGGGUACUACUGCUACAUGGCAGCAUCUGAGACAAAGACCUUUGCAGAAGCAAAACAGAUGUGUGAAAAAGCGGAUUCUCAACUGGUUGAUAUUUCCUCCAGAAUAGAAAAUGCAUUUCUAGUUAGUCUAGUGGGAGCACGACCAGAAAAAUACUUCUGGACUGGAUUGUCUAAUCAGAGGGAUCUGCACACAUUUGAAUGGACCAACACCAAGCAAGUCCCAUUUACUAAUUUCAACGCUGGGAUGCCAGAAAGAAAACAAGGCUGUGUUGCCAUGACGACUGGAAUUAUUGCUGGGCUUUGGGAUGUGCUUAGCUGCUCAAAUAAGGAAAAAUUCAUCUGCAAGCAGAGAGCUGAUGAACUAGUUACUACUCCAGCCCCGUCAACCCAUCCUCCCCUGACCUGUUCUGAAGACUGGGUGUCAGUUUCAUCUACAGACAUUUGUGUCAAGUAUUUUAAUGUACCUUCGUAUCUAAUGAAGACUUGGGAUGAAGCGCUUGACUUCUGCCGAGAGAUUGGUGGUGAUCUUCUGAGCAUCCAUCAUGAUUCUGAUAUUCCUUGGCAACAUGGACGUGGGUAUCCAGCAUGGAUUGGUUAUAGAAUGUAUGAUCCCUCGGUGGGUUUUGUUUGGAGUGACGGUUCUUCGUCAUCCUAUCAAAGUUGGUCCAGUGAUGAACCAAACAAUUUGAACAACAUUGAAAAUUGUGUUGAAAUUGCUAUUUCAAUCUGGGACAGUGAUGGAAUGUGGAAUGAUGUAAAUUGUCAUGACAAAAAGGACUGGAUAUGUCAGAUACCAAGAGGAAAGACCCCAAAGGAAGUAAAUAUUACAGCUCCAGUUUAUAAUGAAACGGAGGAUGGCUGGACUGAAUUCAGAAGUAACCAGUAUUAUGUGUCUCAAUACUCGGCAAUGUCUGUGCACGAUGCACGGACAUUCUGUAAGAAAUCACAUGGCGAUCUUGCGGUUAUCAAUGACGAGGAAGAGCGGUUAUUCCUCUGGCAUAAGGGUAAAAUGAUGCACAAUGAUUUUACCAUUGGUUUGACAGUUGAUCUGGACGGGUCUUACCAGUGGAUGGAUGGUUCCCCUGUAGUAUUUCAUGCUUGGGAAGCAAAUCAACCGGCUUUUAAAAACAGUGAGGAAAGAUGUGUGAAGAUGACCCUUUCUCAAGGACUCUGGGAAACUAUCAACUGUGGUGAUGAAUAUAAUUUUUUUUGUAAGCGAAGUCAGUCUCCUCCAGUUAAUGCCACGGUGGCCCCUACACAAAAGCCAAAAGGAGGCUGUGCUCCUGAGUGGAAAAACUUUGAUGGAAAAUGUUAUGCCAUGAAGGAAGACAUGAAAACAUGGACAGAAGCAAGAGAAUACUGCAGAGAGCUUGGUGGAGAUCUGUCAUCUAUUACGAGUAGAACCCAACAAGCCUUUUUAACCAUGAUGAUUAGAGAUAAAACCAUAGACUUCUGGAUUGGAUUCAACAAUUUGGCAAACGGGAGGUUCAAGUGGACAGAUGGGAGUACGGUUGCAUUCACAGAUUGGGCCAAAGGGGAACCUCAAAACUUUAGAUGGCAUUCGCACUUUUGGUCAAGAUAUCAGUUUACAGAUGAACGGGAAUGUGCUGUUAUGGGCAUAGGUUCAGGCUCUAAUGGCGAGUGGGUGGCAACUGACUGUAAUUCUACUCAUGGUUUUAUCUGCAGUCGUGAUGUUGAUCCUGGUAUUGCCCCAGUUCCAACUGAAUUUCUGAAAACCUUUAUCAAGCUCGGAAAUUCAACUUUCAAAGUGAUUCAAGAGAACCUAACAUGGAGUGAGGCAAGCCGUCGCUGUGAGGCAGAUGGGGGUCAUCUUGCCAGCAUUCGGAACUUGGUAACACAAGCUUACUUUGAGCUGCAGGUCUUCAAACUCCAACAGCCCAUGUGGAUUGGUCUCAACAGUGUGCAGUCAAAUGGAUAUUUUGUAUGGAUGAAUAAUUGGCCCUUGAAUAUGGAGAAAUGGGCACCUUCUGAACCACAGUCCAACCGCCCUUGUGCAUACAUGGGAAUAGGAGGAGAAUGGAUAACUACUCUCUGCAAUCAAACCUUCUACGGUGUCUGCGAGCAAUCAACAGACAUUUCCCCGACUCUACCAGCUCAGCAUCCUGGGCAUUGCCCACAUGAAGAUGAUGACGGUUCUUUGAGGUGGAUACCUUUCAAAGACAGUUGCUAUGCUUUUGUGACUGAUUCCAAAUCAUGGAGCAAAGCAGCUAGACUCUGUAUGACAAGGGGAGCAUCUCUUGUCAGCAUUAGGGAUGUGGCGGAAGAGAAGUUCAUAGAGGACAACCUUAUGCUCCUUGACAGUUACAAUGGAAUUUGGAUUGGACUUUUCUACUCCCAGAAAGGACACUGGUUAUGGUCAGACUACAGCGUGGUAGAUUACACUAACUGGGGAUCUGAAAACGAUUAUGAAGACGACUAUGAAUUUCAUUCUUGGAAUCCUGAAUGUGCAUUUCUAUCUAUCAAAUCAAAAAAAUGGAGAAAAAAACAUUGUGAUUACACAAUCUUACCAUUUAUCUGCAAAACCCCCAAAGUAUUGAUUCCAACCACUGAGGCCUCACAUGCAGGUUCUGAACUUCACAGGGUCAAAACCGGAUUGGCUGUGUUCUUGAGCUUUGUAGUGGUCGGCAUCUUGGGAGCUCUAGCGUAUGUUUUGUACAGAAGUUCAAAAAGACUGUCAUUGCCUACAUUUGAAAAUCCCAUGUAUAAUAACACAGACGCUGCUUAUUCAGAUAGUAAAGAUAACAAAACAUUGCUUAGCCACAUUGAUAUCACUGAAUAGACCCGUGUUUUAUAAUGUCCCAGUACUUAUAUAUAUGUAAGAGAUACUGUACACUCAGCCGAUCUUUAUCAUAAAAUAAACAAUAACAGGGAUCAUCGGGUUUAUUUUGUGAUAAUGGCUGUACUUUAUCCUGCUUCGUACAUGGCUACUCUGCAAAUAAUAUUGAUUUGGGAAGAAGGUAUUUUAUGUCAGGAAAAGAGCACAGCUAUGUUGUCAGAUAUAGUUUAGCAGUCAUUAUGCAAAAACAAAUCUGACUGCAGAAUGGUACAAAUGACUAAUCAGAAUCAAAUAUUUUAGAGUCAACCAACAUGAAAGGAAACCAAUAAAUUAAUAUUUCAAUGCCAUUGUCCUGUAUAGAUUCCUGUGACGCUACUUCUACUUCUAGGCUUUUCUACAAGUUUUUGUUUUUCAAGUUGAAUAAGAACUGUCUCUAAAUAAACUUUAAUAUUUACACUGUAA